CCGCUUCACACCAGCGUGCGCAGCGUGAGAGGCGCGAGCUGCGCUCCAGACCCUCCAUCUGCGGCUCGUGACGCACAGAGGACGCUGCGCUCUGCGGGAGGAGAGGGAAGCUCGGAGCCCCCCCGCUUCGGGACAUGUCGGACGGCGGCGGCUGCGAAUAUGAGAUCGACGUGGAGAGCCUGGAGGCGGAGGGCGACGAGCCGGCGGAGGCGCAGCCCGACGCGCAGUGCGCGGCCGCCGCGGCCGGCCUGCUGAGCCCGGGGGACCAGAGGAAGCUGAGUCGGACCCCGAAGUGCGCCCGAUGCCGCAACCACGGCGUGGUGUCCUGCCUGAAGGGCCACAAGCGCUUCUGCCGCUGGAGGGACUGCCAGUGCGCCAACUGCCUGCUGGUGGUGGAGCGGCAGCGCGUCAUGGCGGCGCAGGUGGCGCUCCGGAGGCAGCAGGCCACCGAGGACAAGAAGGGAAUAUCAGGGAAGCCGAUGCCGUCGGAGAGGAGGACCAUCUACCAGAGACACAUCCGGCCGUCCACCAUGCUCGCCAAGAGCAUCCUGGAAGGAUACCGUCCGGUGCAGGCGGACCCCUUCCUGUCAGCCAACCCGCUGCUCCCGCCGCCGCUCAGCGACCGCAUGAGGAAGAGGCGGGCCUUCGCCGACAAGGAGCUGGAGAGCAUCAUGCUGGAGCGCGAGUACAAGGAGCGCGAGCUGCUGGAGGGCGGCCAGGGCCUCUUCCCCGGCGCCGUGGUGCAUCACGCCGCCGAGUACAACUCCUACAAGACGGCGUACUCGCCGGCGGAGCCGCCGUCCAAGGAGCUGUGCGUCCCCGGGUUCCUGGGCCCGGGCCGCCUGGAGCUGCCGGUGCAAUACCCGCCAGGCCCGGCCAACGUGGAGCUCAUCUCCUCCAACGUCAGUGUGGCCACCACCUACCGCCACUACCCGCUGCAGGCACCCCGCGGCGGCUUCGUGGUGUGGCCCCGCGGCGCCGCCGGCCUGGGCGACGCCCUGCUGUACCAGCAAUGCCUGUUCAACGCCACGGCCGUUCAGAACCGGAAGCCGGGCGCCGUGUGGGAGCCCAAGGCCAUGCCGGCCGAGAGCCAGCCGCCUGAGCAGGAGGCCGCCGCCGCCGCCGGCCCGCAGGACUCCUCCAACCCCCCCAAAGCCCCCGCCGGGCCCAGGGAGCGCUCGGCCUUUGCCCCUCCUAAGAGGGUCUUCGGACACACAUUCCAAGGCGGCACAAAUUCCCAGAACUCCGGCCAAGUCCCCGGCAGGCCGGGCAGGGACGGCACCAAGCCGCCGGCCAAACUGAACUCCUUCCACUCCCUCGUCCAACACUCGUCAGGCGAGAAGGCGGGCGGUGCGCCAGGGCCGGACCCCCGGGCCCCCUGCUGCAGGGAACUGUUAGAGGAGACGGCCCGCCGGUUCAGGGAGGGCUCGGCCAGGGACGCCGCUGACCGCUACGCCAAGGACCUCCUGUCCAAGCAGGCGUCCGGCGAGGCGCUGUCCUUCUCCGUGGAGGCCAUCCUGAAGCGGCCCGCCGCCCCCCUGAGCCGAGCAUUCCACUAGCCCCCGCCACUCUCUUGCACUAUAGACUUCAGGUGGGCCGGGACUCGAACCCUCCAUCUCUGAACCAACAUGGAAUAUUUAUGUCCACUAUAGAAUAUUUUACAUGUGCAUGUUUUCAUAACUUUAUUCUUGAAGGUAUUUGUCUCCAGUUUUCCUUGUGUCAGUAAACUCCAUUAGACCUUCGCAGAAAAGUCUCUGCUUUCAUUUGAAGCCGAACUGAGAGCAGCUUUAGUUCAGGUCUGAUUAAAACUACACACCUCCCUCACCAGCUGGAUUCACUCUGUCAUCUGCUGUUUAUGCUCCGUACUGAGAAAUUAGAAUGAUAGUAACUUCUAGACUUUUUUAAUAUAUUUGUGUGUGUGUGUGUAUCAGAACAUGUGUAGUGUUUAGAACUGCAGAAAUGACCAAAAUCAAACAAAUUUCAACAUUAAUGUCAUUUAUUCUGGAUUACUGUGGAGAUAGAAGCACUGUGGUUUGAUCCCACACUUUGCAACUGUUCAACGGUCUUAUUGCCCUUUUUUCCCCCUCAAGUACCCAUACCAACCUUUAGCUGCUAGCGUAUCGAUAUGAGAACUUAUUAAAAGCCAGGAGGAUCAGACCUUUAAUACAGAACGACCGAAAAUCAAACAAACAAACCAACAGUUUAAGCUGAUCUUCAAGUCAUUCCUUUCUCAUUAAGACUUCCCUGACUGAGUGUCUGUGUGUGUGUGUGUGUGCGUGCGUGCGUGCGUGUGUGAUUGUGUUGUGGGAGUACUAUGAUUGGAUCUAUCCCGAUGGUGACGGGGUGACUUUCAUCACAGAGCGUUUCUGUUGGAUGUACAGCUGGCUCUAAUGUGUUCAGUCCUGCUUGUAUCACACAGUAAAUAUGUUACAAUGACGACUC